AUGAGGGCUGGUGUUGAUAUCUUUGCUCUUGACUAUGAUGCUAUUAUUGCUGCCAUGUAUGCAUUGACUGUUAGUGCCGAGGGAGACUGUUACUUGUGUGUGCCGCCUGACCCAGGUAUAGAGCCCGCUGCCCUGGGUACUAGUGAGUCUGCUCUCUCCGGUAUGGUGCCCCCUGUACUUGCUCCCUCCAGUGCUGUCCCGGCUGUUUGCGAGUCUGCUCUCUCAGGUACAGCACCCACAGAGACUGCUCUCUCAGGUACCGCACCGGCUGAGGCCUGUUACACCUUCACCCUUGACUCAGUCCUUGCCCAGUCCACCACUGUGCUCCCUUGUCCGGCGGUUCCGUCUGGCUCGUUUUCGGGUUUCCACCUCCCCUCGUUCUCGACGAACCUGGUGAGCAACGCUGUCAUCCAGGAUCAGUGGGUUGACACCUUUACCCCUGGAGGACAGCGUGUGGCGAUCUGCACGUGCUCCAGGACCGGCCGUCACCUGGCUACGUUUACCCGUCGGCCGGGGUCGAGUCUCUACACACUGACCACUGCGUCUCCUCAGGUCGCUGCUGUCGGUCAGGUGUCCGCGUCAGGUCUAGUGGCCCACGCCUCCCGCGUUCGUGGUCAGGGCGGUGAGCGGUACUUUUUGCUGGUUGUCGACGACUACUCGCGUUACACCACGGUCUUCCCCUUGCGCACCAAGGGUGAGGUCCCUGCUGUUCUGAUCCCUUGGAUCCGCACAGUUCGUCUCCAGCUCCGCCGCCGUUUCCGGACGGAUCUUCCUGUCCUGCGUCUGCACUCUGACAGAGGUGGUGAGUUUUCCUCCGAUCUCUUGAGGACCUUCUGUCAGGCGGAGGGCAUCGAGCAGACCUUCACGCUUCCGGACUCCCCACAGCAGAAUGGGGUUGCUGAGCGCCGCAUUGGCCUGGUCAUGGAGGUCGCUCGUACCUCCUUGGUCCACGCGGCGGCUCCCCAUUUUCUGUGGCCGUUUGCUGUCCGGUACGCCGCGCAUCAGCUCAACCUCUGGCCCCGUGUCUCCUUGCCGGAGACCUCGCCCACACUGCGUUGGACGGGGGAGGUUGGCGAUGCGUCGCGCUUCCGGGUGUGGGGUGCUCGUGCCCUUGUCCGCGAUACGUCCGCGGACAAGCUCUCCUCCCGCACACUUCCCUGUGUCUUCCUUGGCUUUGUCCCUGACGCGCCGGGCUGGCAGUUUUACCACCCCACCUCGCGCCGGGUCUUCGCCUCUCAGGACGUCACCUUUGACGAGUCGGUCCCUUUUUACCGUCUCUUCCCCUACCGCACUGCCCCCCUCCCUCCCCCGCCGCUUUUCCUUGCUCCUGGUCCCCCUCCGGUAGACCCCCUUCCCCCUCAGGGUCCUGCUCCUUCAGGUGUCUCUCAGGUAGACCCUCCUCCCGUCGCUGAGCCUGUCGAGGUCACAGGGUACUGA